AUGGCUCGACGAGCAGUCAUCCCUCUUGCCAUUUGCAUUGUGCUUUUCGUAGCGUUUAUGUUUGGCAGGCCGUCAGAUGGACAACAACUGCCGACAAAGAACCCCUCAACGGACAAACAAGGAACGGUAAGCAUACUGUAUGAAUCUCCCUAGGACGAGCACGACAAAGGCUAAAAAACAGACUGAUGAGGCAGCCAGAAGGGAAUCACAUUUAUUGGUCUUUCAAACUGAAGGGUGCCGCAAUUUUACUGUUUUACACGCCCUUCAGACUCCACCCAAGAAAACAGUUGUCUUCUGGUUUUUCAGUUAAUCGUCCGAAUUCCAGCCCUAUUAGUUUAUAUAACAAAAGCCCAUUGGGUCCGCUUAUCCUCCUUAUCCUUAUGAACAUAACAGUUUUCUGUACAUCUCGCUUUUGCUGCGUUAAGUUUUUUUUUACUUAAAUAAUGGAUCUAAAUCUAUUUUUCGCUUUUACCUCAGCAGUGUGACAACACAUGCACGUUGUCAUGCCCUACUCAAGGUCCGGCUGGUCCUCCAGGAGCCCCGGGAACCCCUGGAGUACCGGGGAUUCCCUCUUCCCAGGGAAUUCCCGGCCGUGACGGAAGAGACGGCAUAAAAGGCGAUGUAGGUCACCCGGGUCAGAAAGGGGAACGUGGUGACGAAGGACUCAAAAGGAGGUGGAAGCAAUGUGUCUGGAAUUUGGAUACAUCUGGUGAAAGCAAAGAUAACGGGAAAAUUCACGUAAGUAGAUAUACUUCGUAUACUAUAUUCCGUAAUCAUCCUAUUUUUCACUGACAGGAGCCCAUAACCUGGGGUUGUCAGCUUCCUACCUCUGUCAGGGCGUUUUUUACGGACCAAUUUAUUUUUAGAACGGUUUUGGCGCGAAGAAGUCCCACAAACCAGUCGGCAAAACCUACAGACCUAAAAAUGAUAAUUUUUGCCUGUUAAUGACGUUACUUUUUCGUUUCUGAUAUUAUUAUACCUCGAAUGCGUUCAUAGACAUGAUGGAGAUUCCAUUUAGGCCUAGUAUGGGUGUUCCUCCCUCCGGGUUAUGAGCUCGCUCCUGCCACUGACACACUUUGUUUGUUUGUUUUUGUUUUGUUUUUGUCCCCAACCCCAUCGAUUAAGCGCCCCCUCCCCUCCCCCAUCACUUUCUUAAAUAGUAGGGAUACAAGAGGAAUUCGAAAAGUGUGCAGAUCAGUGACAAGGAUGAUCUAGAGGAUGAUGAGAUAAUCAAUAUUUCGGAUAAACAUGCAUACUGAUAAAUUGCUUUGUGUGUGUGUUAAGUGUUUUGUGCGACUACGGUGCGGUUGAUUACAACUAAUGUUAUAACAGACGGAAGACUAUUAUGUAAACCUUUCCUGGGCUAGCUGGGUUAUCCGCUCGCUCUGGGUUAUGGGCUCGCUCCUGCCACUGACACUUUUUUUUCUAUUUUUUUUUCUUUUUGUUUUUUUUUUUUUUGCAGAAAACAUACCUGGGCUGGGUGGGUUAUCUGUAAAGAGAGAUCUUGAAUAUAGGGAUAACCUCUUCGGGUGUCGUAAUGGCUACCUGUAACCAGUCUAUGUGUAUGUGUAACUUUACGUUUCUAUUGAAGAUUUAGCCUAAAAAAAAAAAGUUUCACCUCAACGCUUACAGGAAAACUUUAUAAGCGCUCCCCUUUUGGUAGUCUGCUACACAGCCGUUUUUAGUGUCGUCACGCAACGCUCCUCCCCAGGGGAGGAGUGUUGCGUGACGACACUAAAAACGGCUGUGUAGCAGACUACCCUUUUGGCUGUAAUUAAAUAAGCACCCGCACUUAUUCAAGGAAAUACGUUAUUUCGCAGGCGACCUUUUGCGUGACAGUACAUGUGAUGUGUUCGCCGUAUUCAUCAUACCAGUAUAGUUACACGUACACUAAGCGUGUAUACACAAGUUCUGCACGUUGCUCCAACUAGCGAGCCAUAACAACUGUUUACCUCAUCACUUUACUUAUUAUUUUAUUAUAGUUAGUCAUGUGAUAUGUCAGUUACAGGUAUUGUCGCCUUAGUCUGAUAUUAUGACGUAAACUUGAGGUUUACCUCAUAGUAUAUACUGACGUUUGUUCCUGCAAAGUUGGGAGAACUGUCGCCACAACAUUUUGAGCCGAAAGUUUGAUGCUUUAUUACAAUACUUUAGUUUCGUUCAGUAUUAGAACUGUCUCUUGUGUGAAAGUGUUUAAAGGUGGUUUGUUGGAGAAUAAAGUAAAGAUUCUGCUUGUUCUGGUUAUUCUUAUUUUUUACUAACCUCUACUCAGCGGCCACUUGCCGUUACCCCGAGAUUGGCCGCUAAACCGUUUAAGUCCUAAGAGUGAUCAGCAUCAAAUUUCACCUUUAAUAUCAAUGCCUUGUAGAACAGAAUGGUCAAGAGAAUUACGGACAUGAUCACACGAGAUGAAUUUGCUUGAUAUUUUAUCAACUUCUCCCCACUACUUCUGAAAGAAAUAGAUGGAGGCAACAAAUGAGAAUUUAAAUUCUGAUCUUAGGGUUUAAAGGGUUAAUGGAGGUGCAGUUGUAUUGCAAUUAUGGUUUACGACACCUUACAUACUCUGAUAACGAAAUCUGAUAUGUAUGUUCCUUCUUUUCAGGAAUGCGAUUUCACUAAAAAGAGGAGCGAUACAUACCUUCGUGUUGUUUACAUGGGAAACACGCGCAUUACAGGAUGCGCAAACUGCUGUAAGAGGUGGUACUUCACUUUUAACGACGUGGAGUGUCGCGCUCCUGCCACUAUUGAUGGUGUGGUGUAUCAUGGUACCAAUAUUAAUAUCCACCGCUCGGCCAGUAUUGAAGGUUACUGUGGCGGAAUAGCUUCUGGAAAGGUCCGAGUUGGUUUUCACGUUAAGAAUUGCAAGGCGUAUGCUACAUCUGCAGAUGCUCAUACAAGCUGGAAUGCAAUAAGCAGAAUCAUCAUUGAAGAAGUUGAACCUCCGGUUCUUUAAGCUUCUUAUCCUCGAGAUCGGUCAAAAAAGAUUUCAAAGCAUCGACAGCUUCUAUCUCUGGAACUUUAAAGCAGCAAAGAAGCAUGAAAAAACUUGGAUUUCUUCCUAGAGAGGCAGCCUCUGAGGUGGGCUCAUGAUAAAUUUAGAGCGCAAAUAAACUGCUGGAGAGGAGGACGCGCGCGAGGAGAGAGAAGGCGCUUACCCGAUCCGAGAGGCUUAAACUAAACAUCUUUUCUCGCCCAUCAUCGGUCGGUCACUGACGCAGUGCUCCUGUCCAUAACACUUGUUAAAGGUCUAAAGCGUCAUGUUUUGUUUUGUUUUUGUUUUUGUUUUUUUUUGGGGGGGGGGUGUAGUGUUGUUGUUGUUGUUACUUUUGCCGUUCUCAAUAAAACCCUUGAAAAAAAAGGGUAUAGCCGUCUUUUUCCCCACACUCAAAACGAAAAGAAAUCAGCUGUCCCUAAAUUCACAACCUAACAGCCCCACCAACAUUGACAAUGCAAAAUCUUGAUCGGACUAGAUCGCUUUAAACCCCUAUAGCCCAGGUCUUUCCUAAUUCUUUUGUUGUUUGGUGAGUUAAGCACAUGCAGCCCAAGUUCAGCAUUUUACGUGUGAUAUUAUAAUCCUCGUGGUAUCGUAACCCUAUCGUAAAUGGCCGUCCAACGUAAAAGAUUUGCAUGGGGAAUUCGGGUAAUAGCAAUUUCAAGAGGACUUGCUGUAAUUUUCAAUUAAACUUUUAACCUUAUUUACUCGGUUCGUUCUUGCUUGCUGUCUGGUUAUCUUCCCGAUCCGCUGCGAUUUAGGCGAUUUCCUUCACCCCCGAGUUUCCGCGACCGAAGGGAGGACAAGGCCAAGCACUCUCAAUCUAGACAACCCGCCGAACGAAGCCAAAAUUUCCAGGUUAAAAUUUCCCCAAGCCCACUGAAAAAUCAGCUGAAAAAUUCCACCUCAGAGUCCAAUUGCAAAGGUUCAACUUUUAUUCCCUAGCAAUGCCAAGCAGUUGCGUCCCCGGUUAAACGGUAAAACGCUGAUAGAGAAGACUUGCGGGGUACUAGACUGCAAUUUGCUCGUGGUUACGGGGAUUGAUUUGAUCUGAUCCUGAUCGUCUCAUUGGAGGUGCCCAGCAUGAAAGCGUGUAGGUUAUAUCAGUUAUACUCCGUAUAUUUUAUAGUCCAUGGCUCUCUCGUGUACUAGUUGAAGAUGACUCCAUGCCCUCUAGAUCACCGUCUAUAUAUUCCUAUAGACUGUCACGGUUCAAAGUUCUCGUUUGAUGGGCAGUAUUACAUUCACGAGUCCACCGAAUUUUAAUAGAACCCUUUUUGCCCAGAUUUUCUUCACACAAAGUUAUCCAGUUUCGAAGUUGAUUCAAUCUGUCCAUAAAAUUAUUUUUAUAACGUCUGAGUAGGUUUAAUAGUUCCUCGCUGGAGACGUUUUAGCACUGCCAUAGUAUCGACUCGGUAGCAUGGAGGACGUGUUUUGACAGGUAUGCAAUUUGACCAAAAACCGUCAAAGGGUUGCCCAAUAAUGCGUCAAACGGCACGUAUUUACCCUCAGUCUCAAAAGAGUCGAUCCAUUUCUAUCUCCGACUCAUCCUGCCUACUUAGAACACAAUGGCUCGACGAGCAAACAUCUCUGUUGCCGUUUGCAUUGUGCUUUUUCUUAUGUUUAAUAUGUCUGGUAGGUCAAAUGGACAACAACUGCCUACAAAGAAACCCGCAACGAACGCUCAAAGUACGGUAAGUAUAAGAAUCUUUUCAGAAUGGAACAAUUGUUCAUGAGGCAAAAAGAAGAGUUUUCACUUCUUAAUACGUUAAUUUGUGUGAGCACAUUCCGUGGAUUUUUCUCUUUUAAACUGAAAGGUACAUCUUUGCUCUGAAGACAACACACUACAGAACAGUAAUUGUCUUCUGGAUUUAUUUUUAAUAUCUUUUAUUAUAUAGACACGAGUGUUUUACUCGAAAAUAUACCACUCGUAAAAUUCAAUUACUUUUUGGCGAAUAAAAAUCUAUUAUUUUAUCGAUGUCUUUUUGUCUAUAUAAUAAAAAGAACAUUGACACGGCGGCUUGAAGAUAUGAAUUUUAUUUUCUAAAAAAUAUUGUUUUUGCCACUCGAAAAUAAAAUUCAUAUCUUCGCGCCACAGUGUAAUAUCCUAGGUAUAAUCAGAUUGCAGUCGUUUUAGUUUAAACAAAAUGAUGAACGUGCCGAUCGACAUUCUCCUAAAAUUGUGCAUCUCCCCUUUGCUGCGUUUUUUUACUUAACUAUAUCUACAUGUAAAUCUGUUUUUCGCUUUUUUCCAUAAGCAGUGUGACAAUUCAUGCACCGCAACAUGCCCGAUUCAAGGUCCGGCUGGUCCUCCAGGAACGCCGGGAACACCUGGAGUACCGGGUGUUCCCUCUUCCCAGGGAAUUCCCGGGCGUGACGGAAGAGAUGGCAUAAAAGGCGAUGUAGGUCCCUCGGGUCAGAAAGGGGAACGUGGUGACGAAGGACUCAAAAGGAGAUGGAAGCAAGGACAUGAUCACACGAGAUGAAUUUGCUUGAUAUUUUAUCAACUUCUCCCCACUACUUCUGAAAGAAAUAGAUGGAGGCAACAAAUGAGAAUUUAAAUUCUGAUCUUAGGGUUUAAAGGGUUAAUGGAGGUGCAGUUGUAUUGCAAUUAUGGUUUACGACACCUUACAUACUCUGAUAACGAAAUCUGA